CUCAUGGCAGUGGAAGCAGAACAACAAGCAGCUGACUCUAUUACAAGGUACUACACUGAGGCUGGGCUGGACUUUGAGCGUUCAAACCGUUGUCUGUGCCUCCCAGUGCUCUGACAGAGCCCGGCCGUGGGUAUAAAAGCCCUGAGCAGAGGCUUAGGAAUCAGUCUCAUCUGAGUACUCGCCAGACCCAAGGAGAGAGCUUCACCAAAACCCAACAUGGGGGAUUCACAGCUCUGUCUUCUGCUGCUCCUCAGUACAUCUGCUUUGGCUUUUGCCCAAGACGAAGAUGUGCCAACCUGCCUGUUGGCCUCAAGGUACAAGACCUUGCACAAGUAUGAAUAUCGUUAUGAAGCCGAGUCUUUGAACUCCAUCAACGGAGCUUCUGCUCUGAAGAACGGACCCAAGGGCUCUUGCACGGUUCAAAUCGAAGUGCCUCAGACUUGCAGUUACAUCGUCCGCACCACUGGCUGUAUGCUGAGUGAGGUGGCUAGCAUGGACACAGAGGGAAACCUCGUGUUCAGACCUGCCGCCGGCUCCGACGCCUUUGCUGCUGAGAUGGAGAAGUAUGUGACUCCAUGAAAAUCCCUGAUGUCCAAUACCGAGGAAGGUGAGACUUUAACCAUCCUGAACAUCAAGAGAGGAAUCAUCUCUGCUCUGGCUGUUCCUCUGGUGGAAGAAGACAAGAAUAAGAUUAUGCCCACAAUCCACGGCAUGUGCAAGACCCAUUCCACGGUCAACGCAAGAGAGGACAUUGCAACUGACAUCACCUUGAACAGGGAUCUGUCCAAAUGUGACGAGUUCCUCCCAGUGAGAGAGCACACCAGCCCGCUGGCACUGAUCUCUGGCAUGCAAUACCCUCUUUCUCAGCUGAUCAGAAGCUCCCAGACCUGCAACUACAAGUUCGACAAUGAGAACAAACACAUGACCUCCGGAUCCUGCACUGAGAACCACAUCCCUUAUCUCUUCCAUACAAGUGCAGAGAAGGGAGAAUAUGGAGUUACCAACGUUGGAAAGCAGGAACUCACUCUGGUUGAGGUUGCUCCUCACAACGACAGAGUCUUCGAUCACAGUGACGUUGCCAAGGAUCUUCACAUGGAAGCUGUCCAGGACAAGAGUGCUGUCCAGGAUAAAGAUGCAGGUCUGAACCUCCUGAGAGAACUGGCCAAUCUGCCCGAGGCCGAGGGUGAGAGGAGGGCCCACCUCUUCCACAAGCUUGUCACCAUGGUCCGUGGAAUGAAGGCUGAGACCCUGAGUCCCGCCAUUCCAGAGGCUCUUGAAGUGUCCCGUGUCCUGACCUACCAGGUUCUGGCCCAGUGUGGAACCCCUGAGUGCAGCAGUGCCAUCAUGCAGAUCCUCAGGACCUUCGACAGCUCUGCAGUCGAGGUUGAUGCUGCUGUGUUCGCUCUGGGACUUGUGUCCAUUUCCGCCCUCCUGACUGAUAUGCCUUAGAUGGCCAAAUACAGACGCAAGUCUAUCCUGUAUGCCCUGGAGUACAUUGCCAAGAGGUUCUACAAGGCUGAAGGAAAACUGACCCCUGAGAUUUACUCUGUGGCUGAAUUCAUGGCUUCUCAGUUGGGCGACUGCUCCGGUGACCAGGAGACCACUUUCCUGCUUUUGAGGGUUCUUGGAAACAUGGCUCCAGCCAUGUCCCCUGCUAGUCCUGGGUACUGAGAGAGCUGCAUGCAGUGUGUGAACAUUUGGAGGCUUCUCUGACAGCAGCAGGCCACAUUCAUGUUCAGGCUGGAUUCUGCCCUAGAGGAGGGUAGAGAGAUUCUCAUGCAGGUGCUUCUGGACGGUACCAGCCCCUUGCAAAAGCGUCUGGCUGCGUAUCUGGUACUUAUGAAGAACCCCCAGCCCAGUGAACUGGCUCAGCUGGCAGAUGCCCUGCCCAUUGAACAAGACCAACAAGCCAAGAGCUUUGCCAUCUCCUACAUCACCAACAUUUUGGCCUCAACUGAUCCUGAGACCCAAGAACAGAAGAUCCACAUGCCCCUGCAGUUUGUAUGGAGGGUAAAAGGAUUUGAGCCAACAGUUGAAGCCCUGUUUGGACAGAAUGGAUUCUUCCCUGACACUGCCAUGAAGACAAUGUUCUUUGUAUCUGAAAACAUGCCAUUGAAAGUCAGUGAGAUGAUGCAGACCAUAAUGCCUGCCCUGAAGAAGGACAGGAUGAAGAGACAGCUAAUGAAGGCGUUGAUGACCAAGACUGACAAUACAAUCUUUGCCCACUACAUCUUCAUGGACAAUGAAUUCUUCCUGCCCACUUUAACUGGUGUGCCUCUGAGGAUUGCACUGUCUGGUACCUUCACUCCUGGUAUCAAGGGUGGACUUCAGAUUGCUCGUGACAUGAGUGAAGUUGCAUUCAUGCCCUCUGCUGGCAUUGAGUUUGUAACUCAGGUUGGAUCCCACAUCCCUGAAUAUGUCGACUCUGGAUUAGAGAUGCACACCAACAUUUUCCACGAGAGUGGACUCAGUGCCAAGAUCUCCAUGGGACAUGAAUCAGUCAAGCUGACCAUCCCUGCACCAGUGAAUCCUACAAAGCUCUUCAAAAUGACAAACACCCUGGUGGCCGUGACUGGAUCAGAGGUGAUGACCAUCCCCCCAACAGUGAUGGACAAGGUUGAUGUGAGUGAGUGCACUCCUUUCUUCGCUGGAAUGAAAUACUGCACCGCUCUGCAGUACACUGAUGCUUCCUCUCAAGAGACAACCCCCUACUUCCCCUUCACUGGAGACAGCAAAUUUGCUGUGGAGCUCCACCCUACUGGCGAAGUCACUGAGUACACAGCCACUGUUGCCUACGAGCUCCUCAGGGAGGGAGAAGAGGGCAGGCAGAAGGUCGACUCUGUGAAGCUCAUUGUGAGGGCUGAAGGUGCAGAGCCCACUGAGGCCGUAGCAAUGCUGAAGUACAACAGAAGGAGAAAUGUCGUCACAGCUGACUUACAGAUCCCCGACUACGAUGUAGAGGCUGGACUCAGGCUGGGUGUUGUUGAUGGAAACACCAAGGGCAAAGGAACUCAUUCAAUCUCUCUGGACUUUGUCAACAAGAACAUCCCUCAGCUCUCCCUGGUUGGCCGUGCCAAUCUGAAGGCCAUGAAGGAAGCAAUGCUGCAAGUCCAGCUUCUUGUCCCCUCACUCAAUGCUGAUGCCACUGUCACAGCUAACAUGAAGCGUGGUGAAGAAUUGGAGCUGGAGCUUGAGAGUGAAGUCAAAGUAAUGGAGGCCGUCUCUAAGCAGAAGGUCGAGAUGAAAUAUGAUGCCAGCAAGUUUGAAGUUGCAUUCAAGUCUGAUGAAAUAAUUUAGACUUCAUGCCAAGUCACUGACAUGUUGAGGCGACACAACCAGCUGCUCGACGCAAAGGUGGGAGAGGCAGACAUGAAUGUCCGUCACAUCUUCCAGAAAAUGCUGGGAGUACCUGAUAUGCCUGCGAUUUCUCUGCCAGAGACAUUGUUCCUGAAUACUGAGGCUAAGGCUUCGUACUACUUCAACAAUGAGCACUUCACCGUCACUAUCCCUCUUCCUCUCGGAGGAAAGACCACAGAGGAGCUUCACUUCCCAGCAGCUCUGACCACACCUAGCCUGUCUCUACCUCAGUUCGGCCUCGAGAUUGUCUCCAUGGAGAUUCCAAUCCCAGACCUUGUUGUGCCCAAGCGUCUUGCUCUGUCUAUUCCUCUUUUUGGCAAAGCUGAAGUUUCAACUCUGAUGAAGAGCAACCUUUAUGAUGCAGAGGCCUCAUUUUCUGCUGGCAAAGAUGUUGUGGAAACACCAAGCUACUCAGCGAAGUUUGACGUGAAAGGAACAUCCCCAAUUGACGUCCUGUCAAUAAAGAUUGAAGGCUCAGGAAUGUUGAUGACCACUGAUUCCAUUAACGCUCAAUUGAAAAGCUCUUUGGUCCAUAAAUUCCUUGAAGCCAGUGUUAGCAUAACUGAAGAUGCAACCUUCACUGACAAAAUCAAUUUGAAAUCAAGCAGCAAGAUUGAAGCCACAAGUCCAUUUGGUCUCAAUGUUGCACUAGAGCACACAGGCAUGACUGGAUUCAACACUGAAGAAAUCUCUGCUGAUAACAAGUUUGAUGUAAUGUUCAAGGCUGGACCCAUGUAUGGCAAAACCAUCUCCACCCAGUCAUUCACCAUCUUCCCAUUCAGGCAAGAAGCAAAGCUUGAUUCUACCGUCCAGAUUGACUCCACAGUUAUCAAUGCUCAGAACACAAUUGCAGCAUCCCUUGCCAAUGGUGAAUUCUCACUUGUGUCUAACACCAAUGCCUUUGAAAACCUCUUGACACAUGUUGGUGAGCUUUCCUUCAAAGAAAGCAAGCUGUCAUUGAAAGGUGAUGCCAUUGUCCUUGCUCUUGGCAUGAAGAUCCGCAACCAGGCUGAAGCCUCAGCUGGUGCAGGUGAAGUCGUCAUUAGGAUUGAGACAAAUGCCGACCAGACUGAAAACCGUGUUCACUCUCUGCUGACUGCCACUCUUGAUGUCAAUGGUCUGGCUGUAAACAGCGAUGCCACCUUGAAACUUCUUGAGAAUGAGGCUAUUCACAAGGCUGUUCUGAAGAUGAACAAGGACGGUUUGACCACAAGUGGAACAAACACCCUGCAGAGCCCCCUGUCCCUAGAAAACACCUUCAAUGCUGAGCUUGAUGCUUCCAGAGCUACUUUAUCUAUUAACAACAAGGCUGCAAUGAGUGAUAUCAAGGUUGACAAUGCAAACAGUCUCGUAAUUACUCUUUCUAGCCUAGACUUCAACUCCAAGGCUGAAGCCACAGCAAGCGAGUAUGCCUCUUACACUCAUGAUAUCCUCAUCAACAUGAAACCCUACACCGCUUCUCAAGCAAUGUUAAUAAAUAACCUGAGACUCUCUUGGUGCCAAACUCUGGCUUUGGUCGAGGCUCAGCUGCAGGCAGAGUUGUACAAGAUGGACCUGACCGGAAGCCUGAAAGCCAUCUAUGGUGAGGAAGAGAUCAAGCACAUCUAUCAGGUGAAUUAUGCUGAUAUGACUGCUAAUGCAAAGUGUAGCACCACUGGAAAACUCUUUGGAACCCACAUGAACCAGAACACUGAGCUGGAAGUUGUUGGUCUUGCCGCCAGGCUCUCCAACGAUGCCCGUUUCAACUCACAGCCAAUGCGCUUUGAUCACACCAUCCGCUGCAGCGUUGUUCCUUUUGAUUUCAACCUUGAUGCUGUCGUCAACGCUGAUGGAGACAUCAACGCAUAUGGAAAGCACAGUGCUCAGCUCUAUGGCAAGUUCCUCCUGAAAGCUCAACCUCUGGCUUUUGCUAGCUCACAUGAGUGCAGAGCAUCCGUAACCCAGCAGUUAGAUACUGGCUUUUCCCUUGAGACCACAUUUGACAACAAAAUGGACACUGUUCUGUCACCCCAAGAGCAGAAGAGCAGUUUUAGAAUGAAAUCUAAAAUGAACGAGCAUGUCUUCAAUCAGGACAUGAGUGUGUACAAUACCCCUGAGAGAACUGGAAUUGAAGUCUCUGGCACCAUCCUCACAAACAUCAUCAACAUAGAUUCUGCAGACAACCAGGAAUUCACCGUCGCUGGCUUCCUCAAGUACGACAAGAACACAGACUGUCAUAUCAUUCAGAUCCCUCUUUUUAACAAUCUCCCUGCCCUCUUGGAAACCAUGAAAGGCUUCGUCGUGUAUGUUGCUGAGACACUGCAAGACUGCAUCAACAACGAGGAGAUAAAGGCUAAACUUGAGGCUCUUCCCCAGCAUGUAAGUGACUUUGUUUCCCAAUUGAAUAUCGAAGGCAAGGUAAACCAACUUAAGCAGUAUUUCACUGAUCUCACUCCAAGAAAUAUGCACUCUGGGUGUGACGAUGUGAGGUUUCGGCAACCUGGGGCUACCUCUUUGAAAACUGGGUUGGUUGAUCUCACUGUUUACAUCCAACACUUUGUUGGUAUGAUGGAAGAACUUCUUAGUGGCAGCCUCCCUGAAACACUCGUUCAGAGUAUCCAGCAACAUCUGAAUGCCUUUAACGAGGAAUAUGACAUCAAGGCUGCUGUUGUGCAUGUGAUUGAGGCCGUAAAGGAGAUGGUCCAGCAGUUUGACUUGGAAAAACUGAAGGGCAGCAGCAUUGCCUUCCUGCUUGACAUUGAUGCCAAGUAUGAAAUCAAGGCUAAACUACAGACAAUCAUGUCAGAGAUUAAGCAAUUGGUUGAGACCUUUGACUUGCAAAACUUUGUUGCUGAACUGAAAAGUUACAUUUCAUCUAUGAACUUCAGAGCUCACUUUGAGGAACUCAUUAGUCAGAUGCCCACAGAGAUUCUCAGUGAUGUAAGAGAUUAUGUUCGGAAAAUGAUUGAGGACCUUGACAUCAUCGGCAAGAUCAACACCUUCUAUGCCAAGAUGAGAGAGUUAAUCGUCAAGUUUGAGGCUGACAAAAUGGUUCAAGCUGCCCUGGAAAAGGCUGUCGAGCUCAUCGAGCAGUUCAAAAUUGAGGAAACCAUCCGAGCUGCCGUCAACAAGGUGAAGGAUGCAGAUAUACCAACCAAAUUCAUGCGAAUGUUCCAUAAUGCAAUCGACCACUUGAAAUCAACUGACGUCAAGGAUAUCAUUGAAGAGCUAAAUAUGUAUAUUGAAACUGUUGUGCGACAGCUGACCUCAUUCAAUUACAGUGAGUCUGUUGAAUCUCUCAAUCAAAUUGUUGCUUGGUUCACAACAUACCUGAAUGAGUUCAUCGGGCAUUUUGAAAUUGCCCAGAAACUUGCAACAACAAGAGAUUUUGUCAAUUUAGCCCUGUCCUCUCUUAAAGGCUUCAUGGAGCGUGUGAGAGAAAUCAAAAUUGCAGAGAUGAUUAAAUCAGUCAAGGAUGUCAUUGAUGUCCUGCUGAAGAACCUGAAGAGCCGCAGCUGGAAUUUCCAGAAACAGAAUUAAAAUCUGAUGUUUAACGAAUCACAUUAAACGGUCGUGACCAUCGUCACUGAUGUAUUCACCAGCAUGGUUGAGAUGGUUAAGAGGGUGUUACCUGAGCAAAAAAUCAUUAGCGAGAUUCAGCAGAUCGCUGAUGGCCUAAUUAGAGAACUGAAAAAAGCUGAGUUGGCCACACCAUCCUUCACCGUUCCCUUUACUGAUCUUGUUGUGCCUUCCAUUAUGUUCAGUAUGGCACGCCAACAUACUGAAAAUCCUAACACAAUUGACAUCCCCGAAACUACCAUCCUGGUCACGAAGGCCACUACAAUUUCCUUUGAUGACAUCAAGCAGAAAAUCAUUGAACUUAUUGAUAUGAUUGUGAACCUUGACAUCCAUAUUCCUGAUGUUGAUGCUUUCUUUGGAGAUCUGACAAUGACCUACCUCCCCUCCAUGCCUGAGCUUUCUUUUCCAGAAUUCACUCUUCCUGAGAUGGCAUUCCCUGUCCUCCCAGAAGUUCCUCUAGAAAAACUUGUUCAGUCUCUUCAGAUUCCUACUGGUAAGCUGCCAACCAUUCCAAGUGAGUUCAUGUUCCCAUGCUUUGGUAAACUCUUUGGUGAGAUCAAAUUCAUCACUCCUAUCUACACCAUCAAGACUUCUGCUGAGUUCCAGAACUCCACUGAGAAUGACAUGUCACCUCAGUUCUCUGGAUUCUUCACCUCCCAGGCCACAUCUCCAAGCUUUGAAAGUCUUAAUUACAAACUUGACUCCACUGCCCAGAUUGCACUCCCAAAAAUGAGUCGUGUUGUUGUAGCCGAGACUCUGAAGUUUGACCAUCUUGCUCUCGGAGUUGACCAUCAGGCAUCUGUAUCCCUCUAUGGUCUCAAAGCCAAGACAACAGUUAAGGUCGCCACUACACCCUAUACUGCUGAAUUUAUGAACACAGCAUUUAUUGCUAUGGAAGGAGGAAUGUCUGCUUCUCUCGAUACAACCUACACUCAUGAAGUGAUCCUUCCAAUUUUCAAUGUCAGAAGUGAGGCCACUCUAACCAAACUGAACAGCAGCUGGGUGGAGUCUCCGUCCACUGGACUAAACAUUGUAGCCCGUCCUAAUGAGUUUGUCUUUGAAUUCCACAACAAAGGAAAUGCCAAGGCAGCUUUUUUGACACUCUGACUCGCUAAGAUCGAUCUCCAGAAUGACUACUCAGCUACCGUCAAGCCUGACAGCCAACAUUUGAACACAGUUGCUGUGGCUCGCCUGAAUCAGUACAGAAUGUUUUACAACGUAACUGUUAACAAUGACCAAAAUGAGGCUGCCCUCAUUGUUGCCAUAGAUAGUGAGGCUAAUCUUGACUUCCUGACAUCCCCCAUCAGCAUUCCUGAGCUAGCUCUGCCUUUUGUUGACUUCAAGACUCCAGCCAUCAGUGAUCUGAACUUGUAUGAGCAGACUGGAUUAAACAACAUUUUGACUACCACUGAGCAAACUGUUGAUGUAGAUGCCAAGAUUGUUUACCACAAAAGGAAAGCUGCUCCACUUGUUGAUGUGAUGGGACUGGUCCAUCCCCAUCUGGGUGAUCUGAUCACAGAAUUGUCCCUCAAGUCUGCCAUCCUCAAUCUGAAUGCCAAUGCUGGACUUUAUACUGAAGAUAACAUCGUCUUCCGUCUGGGAGCUACCACAGUCUCUGUGUUUGAGGGUCUGAACGCCAAACUCGGCACUACCAGUCUGACUACUCAAGACAGGACCUGCCACAACUCCUGUCCCUUGAAAAACCGCCACAUUGAAGCAUCCACUUCUGCCACAUUUGAGGAUGAGGCUCUGAACAUGAAUAGCAAGGUUGUCCUGACACAUACUGACCUGACCAUGAAUGUCAAUCAUGCCGUUGCCCAGGCCUUGAGGAAAAGGCGCCAGGCUGAUGACAGCGUCUCUCACCAAACCCUGAAUGUGGACAUCACCAGUCCUACUUUCACCGACAUGAACAUCCGUUUUGCUGCUCGCAGAGAUGGAAUCAGUGGCUCAGUAUCUACCCCACACAAUGGAUUCCUCGGCCUUCAGCUCAGUGGCAGAGUCCUAUCUCAGAUGAACGCUAGAUUCUAUGGUCGUUAUCCUUCUGCCCCAGAGGAUGACAAGAAAUUUGCUAACAUCAUUUCUAAAGAUCUAGCUGCAGGACGGCUUAUAUUGUUUAAUGCCAUGGUAGUACCAAAAGUACUGCUCUCUGAGCUCAAGAUGAGACUCCCCUCCAUCCUCUCUUCAUUCACAGUGUUUGCUGACAAGUACCAGAUCACAACAAAGAUGAGCGACUUGAAGGACUCUGUUCUUAACCGCAUCAACGAGGCCUACGCCGCAGCUAUCAACUAUGACGAUCAAAUGAGCCAGCUGUCAAUCUUCUACAGGAACACCGUUGUUGAGUACCAGAAGACUGUCCAGGUCCUCUUGGACGCUGUCAUUAAGGUGCUGAGGGAGACCCAGUUCAAAGUGCCUGGAUCUGAUGAGAUGACCACUCUUCCUGAGGUCCUGAAGAAGCUCACCACAAGCACUUCGCAGUCAUGCUAUUUAAUCAGCCCGAUUUAUAAUAGAAAAUAUAAGUUCAUUAUAACGCUUUUAUUGGUGAAGACUGUUGGUAUUGGUUGA